GUACAAUCAUGGAUCCGACCCGGGGAUUUAAAUUCUUGGACACGGUGGCAUGCUCUGCUGCUCAGUAAGGAUGGAAAGAAAAUAAGAGGAAUUUAAACAAACAUAUCAGGUAGUGGUGUCGCAGCAGAAGGAUGCCGCUGGUGAAGCGCACCAUCGAGCCCAGGCACCUGUGCCACACGGUGCUGCCAAGGAACAUCAAGAAUGAGCUGGAGUGUGUGACUAACAUCUCCUUGGCCAACGUCAUACGCCAGCUCAGCAGCCUCAGUAAAUAUGCAGAGGACCUGUUUGGAGAGCUGUUCAACGAGGCCCACACCUUCUCUUUCCGGGUCAACUCUCUGCAAGAGCGUGUGGACCGCCUCUCCAUCAGUGUCACACAGCUGGACCCCAAAGAAGAGGAAUUGUCUCUUCAGGACAUCACCAUGAGGAAGGCUUUCAGGAGUUCCACUAUUCAGGACCAGCAGCUGUUUGACCGCAAGUCGCUGCCCAUCCCACUGCAGGAGACCUUCCAGACAUGCGAGCAGCCGCCACCCCUCAACAUCCUCACGCCCUACAGGGACGAUGGGAAGGAGGGUCUGAAGUUCUACACCAAUCCAUCCUACUUCUUCGACCUGUGGAGAGAGAAGAUGCUGCAGGACACAGAGGACAAGAGGAAGGAGAGGCGGAAACAGAAGUUGCAGGACCCCCGCAUGUAUGAUCAGGUCUAUAGGUACUUAGACCUUCCAGGGCAGCUGAAGGCGAUAGACCGUCCGCAGGAGCCGGAGAAGGUACCGCGGGCGCCUCACGAUCGUAAAAAAGAGUGGCAGAAACUAGCGCUAGGUGCAGAGCUCGCCCAGGACAUACCCGACGACAAGCACAGAGAGGCCAACGGAUCUGCAGGUUACCACGACAACAGGGCUCCCUUGUACAUGGAACAUUUGGACGGGCCCUUCUCGCUGGCGGCGCUGCCCUACAGCCAGAUGAACGAGCUGCUGAACCGUACCGGGGACAGAAUGUAUUCGCGGCCCCACGACCCUCCACCGCCUCCACCCCUCAUGCACCCACUGGGAGAGAUCAAGCCACCCUCUGUGAUCAGUUCCAGUUCGGGUUUUUCCGACAGCAGACCCCAGUCUCCAGCCCGGACAGCAGGCCUCAACUCCAACACUCCUCCUCCACCUCCUCCCCCUCUUCCCCCUCCACCUCCCCCGUUACCCUCCACGGGCCUGCGGGGCACCCCUCCUCCUCCCAUCCCUCCUCUACCGAUCCAGCAGCAGCUCCCGGCCAUCCCGCCUCCCCCUGCUCCUCUCCAGAUCGCCCCGGGGGUUCUCCACCCGGCCCCUCCGCCCGUGGCACCUCCUCUCCACUCCUCCUCCCCGGCCCGUCUCCAACAGGUCCUGGAGAGGGGCCAACCCAUGGGCUCUGGGACCCAGGCAGACGGCACCAUCCUCCCUCCUCCGCCGCCGCCCCCUCCUCUGCCCCUCACCGGCGCACGGAGCUCCUCGCCCUGUCCGUCAGGCCCUCCGCCUGUGCCGGCCUUCCCGUCAGCGGGAGCCAUGGCCUCCCCGCCGCCCCACACCAUCCACGAUAUGGGGACCAAGAGGCACCAUCCAGCCAAUCUGCCCCCCAUCAGCGAUGCACGCAGUGUCCUGUUGGAAGCCAUCAGAAAAGGCAUACAGCUGCGGAAAGUGGAGGAGCAGCGAGAGCAAGAGGCCAAGCACGAGCGCGUCGGCAACGACGUGGCCACCAUCCUGUCGCGCCGCAUCGCUGUGGAGUACUCCGACUCCGAGGACGAGUCGGAGUUCGACGAAGGGGACUGGAUGGAGUGAUGACCGUCAGAGGGAUGGGAAAAAAACAGCAGCGUUGGCGGGAGAGGACAAACGUGUUCAGGUGCCCCCUCCCCCCCUCCCCCUGCGAAACCCUGCUCUCCACACCUCGCCAUCAAAGAGUCCUUCCUACUCUGGAAAGGAGCGAAACAUCACCGUUGCCCACGUUUCCUCUGUCGAGCUUUUUCUUUCUAUCUCGCCGUCUCUGUCUCGUUGUGGUCUGUGUUUGGAGGGGAAUCUCCACGUCGUCCUCGUCUGUCUCUCUAGUGUCUCCGAGAGAAGUUGUUUUUGCAUUCAUCCUUUUCUGCACUACCACACGACCUUGUUUCUGCUGGAUUUCUUGUGAUGAAAUCCCCCAUGUUUACUAUUGUUAUACAUGAAAAUAACUUUUUUGAAGAACACUUGUUUUUGUUUCUUAUCUGUAUGUCGAUAUAAAAAAAAAAACACAAGAAAAUAGAAAAGGAAAAAAUGAAGGCAUGUCGCAUUUAUCCUUAGUUCUCCAGCACCGUUUUGCCACCUGGUGGCCGAACACGGCAUUGAAUGAAUGCUGUUUUUAUUUUAGCGUCUUUUAUUUACCUUUUUCUGAUGAAACAUUUGCGGUUUUGACGGGCCAGUAGUCGCUGAUACUGACCACUACGUGAACAGUCACUCAGCGUGAACGCCAGCUGGGUUCUCUUUCGUUUUCUCUCUCGUUAUCAGGACUGACUUUACCACUUAGAACAAGCAUAAGAUUGUGUCGGUGCGUCAUGUGAUGAUUGCUGUAUGGUUGAAAAUGAAGAAGGGGAAGCAUAUGGCUGCUUUAGCCACGCGUGUGCAUAUCCAUCCACUUACAUCUAACCUUUACCCCAGGGAAACGUAUGCCAAGAGAUUGAGCUUUUUUUGUCUGUCCAGGUUCUAAUGAGCCACGUUUGCUCAUGUUGACAUCAGGCAAUGUCAAAGAGAAACACUGAGCCAUUGGUUUUUAGUAUAUCGAGCUCCCAUCCUCUUCUCAACUUCUUUGCCAUAGAAAUGGACACUGGAAGCGAUUCGAUGCUGUAGACGUACAACAGAUUUCCUGCCUCUCUUAUUGUCCCUGAUGAGUACUCAGUGUGCCGAGGAAAAAUUUAAAAAGUUGCCCGCGAUAGUGAGAGUCCGACCACUGCCGGGUACAAACCACUGAACACCACUGAAGGCAGCUUUUCCCUCAGAUCCCCCUUUACCGCGUGCCCGCCCACUAACGAGAAGCCUUACCUCGUUUGGUUCCACAGCAGCCACUGUUGUUCAAAAGAAUACACUUGGUGUGAUUUCGCCUCUCAGGCCUGAAAGAGAAGGAUACAUUAUGCCUUGUUUUGGCUCAUUUCAAAGAAAAUGUCUGCCAUCCUUUUCCGUUCGUUCUUUCUUCUACUUGCCUUAUUGUUCGUACAAAACGUAUCGUUGAGUUGAUGAAUGUAUUGUGCUGUUACUACUUACUUGCCUGCGCUUGUAUGGAUUUGCUGUUUCUAUGUUUGGGGGGAAAAAGGGACGGAGGGACAGAAACCCUGGUUCAAAAAAGACAAAAGUUAGAUCAAUAC